UUAAUGAGGGACAAAUAUACACACUUUAGUUAUGAUGCUUAUUAAAUAUUCUAUAAAUGUAUUAAAUAUAUGUGACAACAAUUCAUUGGAUAUCAGGACAUCAUGAAGAUAACGCGGAAUUUUAGCAGUAUAUUCAUUUGUGUUUUCAUUGCAGGUACACUAGUUGCAGUGUCAUGUGCACCUGUAGGAAAUAACAAUGGUAAAAAUGCUAAAGCGAAAACAUAUGUUCCAACACCAAAUCCUACAGCGAAGCCAACAUAUGCUCCAAAACCGACUACCAAACAACCAGUACCUAACGUUUACAGGCCUACACAAGCGCCAAAGAAAUAUGUAAAGAAAGUCACCACAAAAAAGCCAGCUCCAGUAACUUACGCUUCUACACCAGCUCCCACCAAAUACGUACCAAAACCAACUACCAAAAAACCGGCUCCACCUACAAAUGCACCGACCCCGGCCCCAGCUACGUUUGCACCGACUCCGGCCCCAGCUACAUCUGCACCGACUCCGACCCCAGCUACACAUGCACCGACACCCGCUCCAACUAAGUAUGCACCGACACUGGCAAACAAUGCACCAACAUAUGCAUCGACCCAGGCCUCAACAUAUGCACCGACCCCGGCCCCAGCUGCGUAUGCACCGACACGAGCUCAACCUUUGCCAACAACAAAAAAGGUAUCAAAAACUAAAGCUCCUCAAAAGCCAGUUCCUGUAACUUAUGCACCAGUUCCAGUAACCGAGACAAAAGCUCCAUCUACAAACGCGCCAACAGCUGCUCCGGCACCUGUUACAGAAGCUGUAGAAAUAGAACCAGUUGAACCUGAACCAGGCGCAGCUGUCAAGCCAGGUGCAUAUGUACCUCCGUCAGCAGAAGUUGAACCAGGAGCAGAAGUAGAACCUGAAUAUGAAGUAGGUCCAAACGCAGAGGUAGAACCAAACGCAGAGGUUGAGCCAAACGCAGAGGUUGAGCCAAACGCAGAGGUUGAGCCAAACGCAGAGGUUGAGCCUAACGCAGAGGUUGAGCCAAAUGCAGAGGUAGAACCAAAUGCAGAGAUUGAGCCAAAUGCAGAAGCCGAGGCAGAAGGAGAAGCAGAGGGUGAAGCUGAAGCUGAAGGAGAGGCAGAAGGAGAAGGUGAAGGUCAAGCAGAAGGGGAAGCUGGUGGAGAAGCUGCUGAGGGAGAGGGUGCGGCUGGAGAAGCUCCUUAAGUUUGUUUGUAUUGUAAUCAAAUGAAAGAUCUGUCAAUUUCUCCAUACUACUGUGUCAGUAUGAUAAACGUAUCAAAUAAUUUCCUAUAAUAUCACAUUGUAUUUAACUAAGAGGCGGAAAUUAUUUCCUUGAUCUGUACAUAGUACGUAUAACGUGAACAUAAAAUUCUUUACACAUGAUAAUGUAUUCAAUAAAGCGAAUACUUUUGUAAACUAUUUUUCUCCUAUUUCUUUUUAUUUCUUUAUUUCAUUUAGUGUUGUAAUUUUUCUUUGGUUGUAAAAGACAACCAGAUACAUUUCAUUUACUAGACUGUAAAUAAAGAACAUAUACAUGUAUUUAUUUUGAAAAAUAGUAAUUCCUUAUUUUGAUGGUGUCCAUAAUCGAUUAAAUAUCACCAGAAUGGUCAUUUGACAUUUUA